AUGAAUAAUUUGAAGAGUUUCUUCAGUUCCGUCGAUAUGACUGAUAAUGAUGCAAUAUUGAAUGUUGUGGAUGGCUUAACUAGAAACUUAAACUCGGAUGCCGUUGGCGGAUGCGAGACGGCGAGGACUGCGGGCGGUGCUGGAGAAGCGUGUGUGCCCUUGCGAUGCAAUGACGGUGAACGUGCAGUUCUCUCCAGUUACGUUGCACUUAUGCGGCAAUGUGCUCAGCUUGCUGAAAAACUUUACAAUAAAUGA